AUGCUUACUUUCUGUCCUUACUGCUCGAACAUGUUAACUGUCUCGAAGAGCGGUACAACAGGUCAAAACUGCUUUGUGUGCCCUACUUGUCCUUAUGAAUUCCCAAUCCAGGGUGUCAAAUUAUACAGCAGAAAGAAGCUUGAGCGUAAAGAAGUGGAUGAUGUGUUGGGUGGUGACGGGGCCUGGGACAAUGUGGAUCAAACUGGUGCCCAAUGUCCAAUUGAGUCUUGUGGUGGUGAUAGAGCCUAUUUCUUCCAGUUACAAAUUAGAAGUGCUGAUGAACCGAUGACAACGUUUUAUAAAUGUGUUAGCUGUGGUAACCAGUGGAGAGAAAACUGA